AUGGGAAUUGGCGACAACGUUUUAUCGAUCACAUGUAAACGGAAAGAGGCAAGAAGAAAUAGGAAAAAACUGAAGAAAAUGCAAAGAAUCGCUCAUGCAUCACACAAAAAGGUUGAGGACAUUGUGGUGGCAAAAUUGUCGCAAGAUGUCGUCGUCGAAGACAAAAAAUCCAGUAAAAAGAAACGUACCCAUAGCGCACAAGAAGAUAGCAACGAUGAGAAAUCGACGACGAAGAAAAAAGUGAAGAAGAAACGAGCCAAGAAAAGGCGACGUGAAGAGAUCAAACGUGGACUGGAAGAAGAUGAAGCACAGAUUAAGCGAUUCGCGACAUUACUUGGAUAUAAGAAACGUAAGAGUAGAAAUAUGCCGCAAGUGUUCCGAGCUGAAGGCCUUGACUAUCUGUUGGAAGUUUGCGAUGCAAAGAAACGCAGUGAGGUGGCUGCAGAGGAACAGGAAAGAAGCGAUUCAGAAGUCGAAGAAGAAUUGUUAGCCGAGAGAGCCGUCGGCGAUAUGAAUGACGAAAUUAAUCUGAAUGAGGACAGUGAUGCUGAUGGUGAUGGUGAUGAUGCGAUGGCGUUGAAAGAUGCGACAAAACAUUCAAAACGUGUCUCAUUUGCUGAUAAUCUCACCACCGAAUAUACAAAAGAAGAAAUCUCAAACGAUGAAAGUGAUCAGCUGAAUGGAUCGGACAGUGAUUCGGAUGAUGGCGGUGAUGUUGACGAGAUGAUGAAUGAUAUUGACGAGGAGAUGAAUGACAAACAGAUCGAAACUGUAUCGGGAGAACCGCAAGUAGAAGAGGAUAUUUACGGGCGUUUGAUUGACAAGAAAACCGGUGAAAUCGUUCCGAAAGAUGUUGGUGCAAAACAGAGACUUGCCCAAUUGGAAGCUGGCAGUGAGUCGGUGCAUCAUGAUGAGCGAAGAGCGAAAUUGGAGAAGACGAUGAGAGGUCUCGUGAAUCGACUGAACGAGAAUACGAUUGUGAACACAGUGAAAAAUGUCACUGAGUUGUUCGCUACGAAUCCACAUAACGGCUCGUUGUUUGAAUUUCAUUCUCUUCUUGUUGUUGUUUUUGUGAUGUGUGUGAAAUAUUUGGUUUCAGAUGUGAAACAGUGUUUGUUUGAUGCGUUAUAUAAGAGCAUCGCGGUCGGUUACAGACUACCGGAUCGAAUCGUCGUCGAAUAUGCAUUAUUCAUUGCACUCAUACACUCGACUGUUUCACUGGAAUUGUCGUCAUAUUUUGUGGAAUCUUUCAUCCUGAAAAUGGUCGAUUUGAUUAAAGCGCCACCUGAUGAUAAAUAUCUAGAGAAUAGUUCUAUUCUUCUUGCCGAGAUCUACAAUUUCAAGGUGAUUAAAGCCUCGAUGGUCUCUGAGAUAUUGAGUCACAUGCGUGAAGUGAUCAGUGAUAAACUUAUGGAAUGUUCGAAACUUAUUCUCUCUUAUUGUGGUUCAAUAAUGAAGAGUCGUGACUCGGAAUUCCUCCAGAAGUAUAUCAGCGAUGUUCAAGUGCAGCUUUCUCAGUUACCCAGUGAGCGUUUGCUGGAUGCGCAUGUUCGUUUCUUAGUUGAAGAAUUUUUGGAAAUUAAACAAGCGAAUAUCCGGAAAUGGACGGAUGCAGUGGACCAUUCAAUAUUCGAUCAUUAUAUGAGCAUCUUCCGUGGACUUACAAAAAGUUUGUUGUUGGUAGUUUUUGUGAAAAUUGACAAGGAAUCAGAACUGGGUAUGAGUGUUGAUGAUAUACUGCAUGUGGCUGAGCGCGGUCGUUGGUGGUUGGUGGGAUCGGCUUGGCAACCUGCUGCUGCCGCCUCAUCUGUGCCUCAAACCUCCAGCCUCUAUUCGUCGGGAACAACCCUGGUUGAUGAGACGUCCACCAAAUUCGACAGUUCUCUGUUGAAGUUAGCCAAAAAAGCGCAUAUGAAUACGGCAUUGAGAAGGACGAUUUUCUGUCAGCUCGUUUCAUCGAAGGACGAAAUGGAUGCUUUUGAACAGCUGAUGAGGUUAUCGUUGAAAGGCCAUCAAGAACGUCAAAUCAUCCAUAUUUGUAUACAGUGUGCUGUGCGCGAAUCGUGCUACAAUCCGUUCUAUGCAGCCGUUAUGGCGCAGUUCUGUGCAUUCCAUAAACGUUUCAAGUUGACCGCACAAUAUGCACUAUGGGAUCGAAUACGAGAGUUGAACAGUCUCGAGCAGUGGCAAAGAACACUUUUGGCCGCACUUGUUGCGGAUCUCAUUUUGAGCCGUUCGAUUGGAGUGACUGUCCUGAAGAUUAUCGAGUUUGGUACCAUCGAUCAAACAACGACACGUUUCCUUCGUCGGAUUUUGAGCAUUGUUCUGACGCGAUCCUCAGAGGCUAAUCUGAGUGAAUUGUUCGCUAAUGUGAUAGCAUCCACGAAACAUAAACUCUUCUCGCAAGGUCUGCAGCUAUUUGUUCAAAUGGCUCUUCGUAAACCAACAAAACAGUUCGAUGAAGCACUCCUCAACCAACGAAUCACGUUCUUAGAAUCACUUUGGGAUAAUGAACGUCUCUAA